AGCAGAACCACAUCACCAGAACAUAGCUUCCUCUGCGCAUGACCCCAGAGGAACUAUAAAGAAACUCUCUGUUCCAAAGUAAGGAGCAGAGCUUGAGUACUCAUGAUGGCACAAUAAAACCAGACAUUGAGUCUUCUGUAAGGGAGAACAUGGCCAAACGAGUGGCCGUCGUGGGAGCUGGGGUCAGCGGCCUGGCCUCCAUUAAGUGCUGUCUGGAGGAAGGACUGCAGCCCACCUGCUUUGAGAGGAGCAGCGACCUUGGGGGGCUGUGGAGAUUCACCGAAAAUGUUGAAGAAGGAAGAGCCAGUCUGUACAAGUCUGUGGUUUCCAACAGCAGCAAAGAGAUGUCUUGCUACUCCGAUUUUCCAUUUCCAGAAGAUUAUCCAAACUUUAUACCCAAUGAUCUACUCCUAGAAUACCUCAAACUGUAUGCAAAGCAGUUCAACCUUCUGAAAUGCAUUCAAUUCAAGACCAAAGUCUGCAGUGUAACAAAGUGCCCAGAUUUUGACGUCACUGGCCAAUGGGAAGUGGUCACUCUGCGUGAAGGGAAGCAAAGCUCAGCCAUCUUUGAUGCUGUCAUGGUUUGCACUGGUUUUCUCACUGACUUUCAUCUGCCACUGAGUUCCUUCCCAGGUAUAAAUACCUUUAAAGGACAGUACUUUCAUAGCCGAGAGUACAAACAUCCAGACAUAUUUAAGGACAAGAGAGUGCUUGUGGUUGGAAUGGGGAAUUCUGGCACGGACAUUGCUGUGGAGGCCAGCCACCUGGCAAAAAAGGUGUUCCUCAGCACCACUGGAGGUGCGUGGGUGAUCAGCCGAGUCUUUGACUCAGGGUACCCAUGGGACAUGGUGUUCAUGACACGAUUUCAAAAUGCAUUCAGAAAUUUUCUCCCAACUCCAAUUGUGUCUUGGUUGAUAGCAAAAAAGAUGAACAGCUGGUUCAAUCAUGCAAAUUAUGGCUUAGAACCUGAAGACAAGAUUCAUCUGAGAGAACCUGUGAUAAAUGAUGAGCUCCCGGGCCGUAUCAUCACUGGGAAAGUGUUGAUCAAGCCCAAAAUAAAGGAAGUGAAGGAAAAUUCUGUCAUAUUUAACAACAGCCCAAAGGAAGAACCCAUUGAUGUCAUUGUUUUUGCCACUGGAUAUACCUUUGCUUUCCCCUUUCUUGAUGAAUCGGUGGUGAAAGUUGAAGAUGACCAGGCAUCAUUGUACAAGUAUAUCUUUCCUGCACAUCUGCAAAAACCAACCCUAGCUGUUAUUGGCCUCAUCAAACCCUUGGGCUCCAUACUACCUACAGGAGAAACACAAGCUCGCUGGGUUGUUCAAGUCCUGAAAGGUGUUACCGCAUUACCACCACCACAUGUCAUGAUAAAAGAAGUCAACGAAAGGAAAAAAAAUAAGCACAAUGGGUAUGGCUUACACUACUGCAGGGCUUUACAAGCAGAUUAUAUCCCAUACGUAGAUGAACUCCUGACCUCUAUCAACGCAAAACCCAAUCUUCUCUCUAUGCUGCUGACCGACCCACGUCUGGUUUUGACCAUCAUCUUUGGCCCGUGCUCACCAUACCAGUUCCGCUUGGCUGGCACAGGAAAAUGGGAAGGAGCCAGAAAGGCCAUCAUGACACAGUGGGACCGAGCAUUCAAGGUCACCAAAACCCGAACUGUACAAGAAUCCCCAUUUCUCUCUGAAAAUUUGCUUAAACUGUUUAGCUUUCUUGUUUUGCUUGUGGCUGUUUUCCUGAUUUUCUUAUAAGUGAAACGUGUCCUAAAUGCCUUUGCGGAUGCACAGAGUAUUUACAGCAUUCUGACUCCUCUAGUAUAGCAACAUCGCUUUCAGGUUGUAAACCAUGUCCAGACAGUAAAGACAACCAACGCCCCCCCCCCCAGUUAAUCCAGAGAAACCCCUGCUAUUCUGAAUGUCUCUUGGCUCCAUUAAGUCUAAUCCUAGAGGACAAUAACAAAGAUUUCUGUGCAUUUGAAGGGUGUUCUACAUAAUACUCUGAGCAUUCACACCUCUUUCUCAUACAAACUAUUUUAAAGAUUUCAACUAAAAACCCCUGCCUCACGAAAGAUUGAUGUGUGUUAAAACGGUGCUCUGAUGGUAUUGGCUGACUAAGAAUAAAAAGGAAAAAAGAAACCUAGAAA